GCCACCUGUCCGCUUGCCCUAUUCCCGCCCUUUCUCUCCCGCCCUCCUCCCCCCCUUUCUCCGUCCCCCCGACAUCCCACCAUGCCCACCUGCAGGCGCAAACGCGUUCUCCUCACCGAACCCUCCCCAGAGCUCCUCGCCGCUCUCAGGACUGAUCCCAACAGGGAGGUCUACUACUUAGCCCAGACUGGCGAGAUAUUCGAGACAUACGAGGCCUACGUUGCACGGAUGUCAUUCUACCGCCUCAAACAGUUCCAAUGCGAGGUCACUGGCAAGAGUGGCUUGGACUACUUCGAGGCGCUCGCCAGCGAACGACAGGAAGCCCAGACGAUGCAUACUCGGUUUCCGGGUCCUCUCAAGCCUGCUGUUCUGAAAGCUGUACAGUGGCAGGUCAUGGGUCGCCUCGACCAUCUUGUUGAAGCGGUGUAUGACCGUUUCAAGGACCGAUAUUACCCUGACGAAAGAGUGUUGAUAGACAUUCAAGGUGACAAGUUCCUAGCCCGUGUUAUACAGGUCAUUCCCCCCAAAGCCUCGGCAAUUGCAUCCACAUCAAGAGCAAGCCCACUCGGCCCCAGCUCAUCUUCCUCGUCACCGUUGUCCGAUGUCGAACAGCCUAUUCACAAGCUUGCCGAGGAUCUCAAGAUCCCAGUCAAGGACUCAAUCGCUAGGGACGAUCCGGUCCAAUAUGUGUACAGAGUACAAAUCCUUGAUGAGGAACAACAGCCUGGUGCCGGCAGGAGCCAUGACAAGCACAAGGGAAAGGAAGCUGCGAAAUGGAGCGGUGCAGUGAUGGAUGUGGAUUGCUCCGUCAUGAGUCGCGACCGUCUCACCUUCUCGAAAUCUAUCCUGCGUCGCUUCAUACGCGACUGCGUCGACCGAGCACCAGCUGUAGCAUCACCAUGGACGGUCAAGCCAGCCAUCGCCGAGCGGUACGGUGUGAACACUGUAAUGCCAGAAGAGACGAGAGCAGGUGUCGAAAGCAUCAAGAAGGGCGAGAUAGAUAAGAGAAAGAAGAUAUGGGAGGACAAGGAGGGACCUGUCACAAAGAAACAGAGGAAGAUGACAGCAGCCGCAGAAGAGAAAGUGAAAGCUCUUGCAGCGGCUGCUGAGCAGCGUGAGCGCGAAGAACGCGCGAAAGCAGAAAAGGUUCAAAAACAUAAAGAAGAAAUGGACCGCCUCGCUGCUGAGAAGAAGAAAAAGAAGCCACUACGGUAUCCGACGGAGGACCUGGAUAUAGUCAUAGGCGACAGGGAGAAGAAGGCGGGAAUGAAGCUACAGAGGCCGAUUCCGAGUCGUGCAGCCAUGCCUUUUGGCCAUGAUAUGGUGACCAACGAGGGGUUUUUGAUGUCUUGGAAUUUCCUCGUAGUCUUCGGGCAACCUCUGCAUAUUUCGCCAUUUACUAUGGACGAGUUCGAACAAGCCGUUCGGCACUCUGUCGUGGAUCCUCCUUGCACUUUGCUGGCCGAAGUGCACGCCACGCUCAUAUACAAUCUGCGUACCGUGCCCUUCAAUCGGCAUAGUGCUACGCUGUCUUUGAUUCGUACCCAAGAUGACGCUCAAAAGGAUGAUGAUCUAGCGUUCGGCGUUUCUGUCGAACAGCUCACGAGCGCGAUGGCAGACGUUGGCAAUAAUUGGGAACGCGCUCCUUUACGUCAUUCAGAAGGCAGGGAGGGUUGGGAAGAAUCUCUUGUGGGUUGUCUCAAAGACCAUGCAAACUAUGGUAACUUCCCGCGAAUACGUGAAAUCCUUACCCGCUUGCUCUUUGCUCCGGAAUCUGUCUCGGAACUAUCAAGUUCAACAGCUGUGACUCCGGCAUCAAGCCCAGCACCUGUCUCGCUUUCCGUACCAAUGGCUCCAAGUCUGCGGUACUACUCUCUGCCUCCAACAGAUCGAGUUGCCAUACUGUAUUUCAUGUGUAACUUGGCAAUCUCGAGCAAGGCUAUCCAUGUACAUAUGGAGUGGUGCGAAGAGCAGCUGACAGCUCUACGAAAGGAGAAGAUCGAGGUCAAUAGGACAAAGAAGCAGUAUUUGGAGGAGAUGCACGCCUUGAAUGGUGACCUCAAAGCGAACGCGACAUCCGCUAAUGGUGGAGACGAGGAUGCUGCGUUGCCAGAUUCUUCUGACCUUUCUGAAGUACCUGGGUCAGACGGAGAGACGGAGACGCCUUCCGCCGCGCGGAAGGAGACUCGGCGAACAGCAGCGAAGGAGCGAGAGCUGGCACGGGCUAAGCAGGCUUCGGUCAAGCAAGCCCUGGCUGAGCACCGGCGGCUAGAUGAAGAAGUGAACAAGCUCGAGAGGAGGCUCGAAGGUAUCGAGAGGGAGUUCAGGAAACUGCUCGGCUCGAUCCGUGUCAAGCCUUUGGGCAGGGAUCGGUUCUACAACCGUGUUUGGUGGUUUGAUGGGAUGGGUGCAGCGUCACUCAUUGGGAGCGGAGGGUCGGUCCACUAUGGGACUGGCCGGGUAUUCGUUCAGGGACCGAGCGAAUUUGACAUAGAGAUCCUUCAAAGAAGAGAGGAGGAUGUCAAUGCUCGUCGCAAAGAGGAGGAAGGUGAAGAAGGGAUGCUUGGAGUGGGCGAGUGGGCAGCGUAUAAUGAUGUUGAAGAGGUCGAGGCUUUCGUCGCAUGGUUAAACCCGAAGGGUGUUCGAGAGCUGGCUCUAAAGAACACCACUCAGAAGUGGUGGUCACAUAUCGCACCUGGCAUCCGAAAACGCACUGCGGACCUGGCUUCGAAUGCGAAGACCCCAGAAACACGACGCAGUACACGGAAACAUGCUGGUGCAGACCUCGCAAGAGAGCCGUAUAUGCUAUGGACGAACCGCAAGGCAGUUAAUGGCUCGUAAUAAUGUCGCUGUUUGCUAUUAUCAUAUUAAUUCUUUCUGUCGACAUGUAUAUCCCCCGCAUUGCAUAGCACUUUACCAUUAUGCACGCCCUAAUAGAUGCUGUUCUACUUGCACAAAUACUGUAUACCUCCUGCGUCGUGUCCGCCGCGUGUCGAUUAUGCCCGGCUGAUCGCGAGCGUGAUCGCGUCUGCACUAGGUGUCUGUAUGCCUUUACGCUUAACGAGCAUGAACAAAUCUCUUG